AUGGCCCUGAGUCGGGGUGCUAGUCUCAUUCUGCAUGAAGACUUAGAGAAGACACCAAGUCUCAACUCCUAUAAGGUUCCAGGAAUAAUGUCCAACACCAUGCCUAGGCCCACCCCAGAUCUGACCCUUGCUCCUCUCCCAGCACAUGGCUUGGCUCUCACUCCAGUCCUUCAUUCAGCUCCGAGUCCUGACCCGGAGGGGGUCCCUGGCCUAGUGUCUAAUAACAUCUCCAACCCCAAUGCCGGCGGAGCCACGACUCCAGCCUCCAUCCAGAUCAACAGCUGCUCUGUGGACACUGCAGACCAGAGUUUGAACUACAUCUCCAGAGCCAACUCAGCAGGGACUCUCUAUCCAGACUCACAACCAGUUGGAAGCCCCAGCUCUACACAGGCUGCUAUUUUAAGUCCAGAGAAUUCUUCUAGGUCAUGCUCUGAGGAUGUUCCCAAGUCCCUCUCAAAUAAGGUUUUUGAUUUGGGUCAGAGUAACUCUAAUCCAUCCAGGCCUGAGCCAAACCUAUUUGUAAGGGCUCUUACCAGAGAUGCCCUGGUCCGGAGUCAGAGCAUCUCUAGGCAGGGCUCACAGGUGCCUCUUCUAGCCUCCAACACUUCUUUGGACCAUACGCGCUCUAGAAACAUCUCCAAGGUGAACUUGGGUACAGUCUCAAACCCAAAUGAGUCCAUCGCAUUGACUUCAUGUACUAUUUUUGCAUCUGUUUCCAAAGAAGCCUUGAGUGCAUCCUGGAACACAGGCUCCAAGGGGUCCAUUUCCAGCAGCCAACCCAGGACUGGUUUAAAUGUGUCUGUCACUCGGGCUUCACGUGUUAGCCUGAUUCCUGGUUCUAGCGAAGGGCUCAGCAUGCACUCAAGUGCCCGAGCACCCAACUCCACUCUCUCUCCAUCUUCCUGCAUGACACUGGUCCUGGGUUCUGAGUCUCUGAGCAUGGACUCCAGCUUCAUGGUGAGCGACACCUCCACCUUGACCCUGAGCAGCCAGCGAGAAGAUUAUUCUGAGGACAACAGCAUCCGCACCAUGCCCCUGGAGGGGAAUCUGGGGAAGUGGGACAGCCUGCAGGCUGUCAUGGCUUUCCGCAGCCCUCCUGAGGGAACCUCUGAAGAUGUGAAGGUCAACACGCCAGAGAAGAGGGAGGAUGAGAACAAAACAGCUCAGGCAGAGAACAUCAUCCCUUUCCAGAAGAAUCAAGAUGAGAUGGAAAAGACGGAAAAGGAGACAACAAUGAAGAUGAUGAUGAAGCAGAUUCAGGAGGAACCCCUGGAUUCCCUUUUGAGCCCUACCCGCCGGCAAGCCAUGGAGAUCCUGACGCAGCUGAGUCACACCAAGCCUAUCCUGAAUGUGCGGGAGAGGGUGGAGCUGGUGAGCACCUGUGUGCGGAGUGUCUUCUCACUGCCCUCAGUGCAGGCCAUGCAGGAAAAAGACGAGGCCAAGGCAGAAGUCAUCCAGACGCUCUACCACCAGACCUUAGACUCCUUGCAGAAACUGCUCAAUGCCCUCUUUAUGGAAGACCCUACCCCUGCUGGACUGAAGAGCAUUUUGGAGCCUCUAGGGCCCUGGAUGAACUCUGGGAAGGCUCAUGAGCGAGCACGGGCUGUGAACAGCAACGUCUCUGUGUUGAACCAAACGCUUGUGACCCUGCCUUUCUUCAUGUCCUCGGGGUUCCCAGCACUGGGUCUGCUGCUGGGGAGGCUCCUUCUUCGUAUUGGGGAUCCUGAUGAAGAGAUCGGCCGGGAGGCUCUGGACGGCAUCACUAUCCUCUACACUAUCCUGGAUCUCCAGAAACGGACCAAGGACAAGGAAGAGACCAACAAGAAGGAGCUGUAUGAGAACAACAAGCGCUUCCUAGGGCCCUACAACCCUGUCAGCCCGUGCCAGAACAUUCUGCGUGUCAUUGCGGAAUUUGGAGACUUCCUGGGGCCCCAGCAGGUAAAGGACCUGCUGCUAGCAGCCUUGGAAGGCCUGAAAGACAUCUCAGAGGCUCAGGGGAAGGACUCCGGGGAGAUGAUGCAGCUGGCCUCGGAGGUCACGCUCAGUUCAGUGCUGGAGUGGUACCGCCACAGGGCGCUGGAGGUGAUCCCAGAAAUCCUGCAGGGCAUCUACAUGCAACUGAGCCACAUCCAGGAGCCAAGGGCACGUGAGGUGGCCCUGCUGCCCAUCUCCUUCCUGGCCAGCUCCUUCAUGACAGAGGUUGUGGUGGCCCUGCUCAUGUGUCCCCUCCCACUGGACAGCAACGGGGCAGAGAUGUGGAGGCAGUUGAUCCUUCGAAAACCCAGCUGUGAUGUCCGGGACCUGCUGGAUCUGCUCCUGACUACCCUGAAGGAGAAGCCUGUUACCAAGAAGGGCCGGGCCUCUAUUGUGCCCCUGGCGGCAGCCAGUGGCCUGUGUGAGCUCCUGUCCGUCAACAGCUGUGUGGGCCGUGUGAGGCGCAUCUACCCUCAGCUGCUCCUGGCUCUGCUCAUUCAGGUCCAUUAUCACAUUGGCCUCCACCUGCCCAGCCGUGUGGCUCCUCGAAAGGAUGCCAAGGAUGACACACCGCCUUUUGUCUUUGUACCUGUACGCUGGAUGGUGAAGGUGGUGAAAACCCUGCUCCUGAGGAUGGGCUGUUCUUACGAGUCGGCGUUUCUGGAGGAGCAGGGUGGCUGGGAGUUCAUGGGCCAGGCAGAGAACCACCACCGGGGAGUGUCCCUGCUGGCAAGGGCCAUGGUGAACUACUCAUGUCAGGAGCUAUGUCGGAUCCUCUACCUGCUCAUCCCGCUCUUGGAGAGAGGUGACGAGAAACACAAGAUCACGGGCACCGCCUUCUUUGUGGAGCUGUUCCACAUGGAGCAGGUGUGCCGCAUCCCUGAGGAGUACUCCCUGGGGCGGAUGGCCGAAGGUCUGAGCCACCGUGACCCCAUCAUGAAGGUGCUGUCCAUCCGGGGCCUGGUCAUCCUGGCCCGUAGGUCUGAGAAGAAGGCCAAGGUGCAGGCCCUGCUGCCCUCCAUGGUCAAGUGCCUGAAGAACAUGGAUGGUGCACUGGUGGUGGAGGCUGUCCAUGACCUCAACACUAUCUUCAAGGGGCAGGGCAGGAAGCUGGAUGGCUCAGUCUAUGUGGAGAUGCUGCAGACCCUCCUGCCUCACUUCAGUGAUGAAAGAGAAGAGGUCCGAGUCCCCUGCAUCAAUGUAUAUGGAAAAGUGGUUCAGAAGCUUCGGGUGCCCCGCACCCAAGCCUUGAAGGAGCAGCUGACCAGCACGCUGUUGCCCUUGCUUCUCAUCACUCAGGAGGGCAACACCAAGGUGGGCCAGAAAUGUGUGAAGACCCUGUUCCGCUGUUCUUGCUUCAUGGAGUGGGAUUUGCCAAAGAGGGCUUACAGCCAGAAGCCCUGGGACAACCAUCUACAGACAGUGGCCAAAAUUUGCAAGUAUCUUGUGAACACUCACCGAGACAGCAUCUUCACUUUCCUUAGCCAGAGCCUGGAGUUUGCCAAGAAUCCACGGGCCUCCCUCCGGAAGUCCUCGGUCAUCUUCAUAGGGUCCCUGGUCCCCUGCAUGGAGAACAUUAUGACUGAAGAGAAGCUGAAUGAAGUGAAGGCCACUCUGGAGCUCUUGAGACACGAUCCAGAAGCAUCAGUAUGUAUCUAUGCAGCCCAGGCCCAGGACCACAUUAUGGCCAGUUGCGGGCGGAACUCUUGGCCACUGCCACAUGGGGAUUCAUGGGUGGGUGACCCAUCCAGUACGCACCGCUGGAGCCCCAGCUGUGAGAGCUUGCCCACUUCCCACCAGCGGCGCUCCUGGAUUGUGCAGGCACUGAGCUCCUGGAAGAUGUCUUUGAAGCAGUGACAUGCCAAAGCCCCCAGCCAGAUCACUGUAAAUACCAUAUGGUCAACCUCUCCAUUCAGAUGGCUUCCUCACGAGGGAGAUCCCGGGUCCUUGUGUAGCCCUCACUCUGACGAGUCUGUGAAAAGAGCAUGACCUUCAUUUGUUGAUUCAGUUGA